CUUCCAAGUCAUUUCACGAGAAGCAGUUGAAAAAAUCCAAAAAUGAGUUUCUACAAUCCUGAAACAAAAAUUUGGUCAAGCGAUGAUCGCCCGUCGAUUUACAAUCCAAAAGCGAGUCUCGGCGAAGUUCUUUUGCAUUCAUUAAGACGAACUCCUAACAAAAUUUGUGAAAUAAGUGAUGAUUUUGAAGUAACUUUAACUUGCGCUGAUAUCAUGAAGCGCAGCAUUCAAGUUGCUGAGAGCUUGAAAACGGAUUAUGGCUUGAAAUUCGGAGAUGUUUGUUCAAUUGUCGCAAAAAACAAUCCUGAAGUAUCUUCUGUCGCAUUUGGUUGCAUUUUCAACGGAUGUCCUGUGAAUGCUAUGGAUCCUGCAUUCGCUCAAAUUGAUUUCGAUCACAUGAUUGAAUUAACGAAACCAAAAGUUGUAUUUGUCGAGAUGAAUGUUGUUGAAAAAAUUCAGAUAUCAAUCGAAAAACUGAAACUCGACACGAAAAUUUUCUGUUUUACGGAUAUUGAAGGAAGAACUUCUGCUGGAAUUACUCCUGUGAAUAAUUUUUUCAAGAAAACUCUUGAAUUUAAGAUUGAAGAUUAUCUUCCUGCUCGUAUUGAUGAUACAACGAAGCAUACUGCGGUUAUCAUUUGCUCUUCAGGAACAACAGGCUUGAGUAAAGGCGUUUGCUUAUCACAUGCUCAAGUCGUUUCUCAAACACUUCGUUUUUGGAAAGUGUAUGAAGAAGAUAAAAUCUUUGCUUUCAGCUCGUUAUACUGGAUUACAGGAGUCACGGUUUUGCUGAUGGGAACUGUUGAAGGAGCUAUUCGCAUAAAUACGACAAAACCUUUUACGCCGCAGAAUUUUUUCGAAAUCGUUCAACGAAACAAGGUUUCAGUUUUAUUUUUGCCCCCAUCUCUCGCUGCCAUGGCUUUAGAAAGCACAGAAAUUGAUAAAGCAGAUCUUUCAUCCAUUGUUCGCUGUUAUGUCGGCGGAAGUUUUGUUCUUGAAGAUCUUUGUGUAUCAUUUGAAAAAUAUUUAGCCAAAGGAGCUAAAGUAAUGUCAGUUUAUGGCAUGUCAGAAAUCGGUACGGGAUGCACUGUUAAUUAUGCUCGAAAAUCAGGCUCUGUUGGAGGUCUUCAAUGCGAAAAUAAGAUAAAAAUCAUUUCAGAAGAUGGAAAAUUGUUAGGUCCUAAUGAAAAAGGAGAAAUUUGCAAAUCUCAUCCUUAUCCAUUCCUCGGAUAUUUUGGCAAUGAAGAAGCCACAAAAGAACUCUAUGACAAAGAUGGAUGGAUUCGUUCAGGAGAUUUGGGAUAUUUCGACGAAGAAGGCUUUUUAUACAUUUCUGGAAGGAAAAAGGAACUUAUCAAAUACAAAAAUUAUCAAAUUUCUCCUGAAACACUUGAGACGCUAAUUCAGGAAAUAACCGGCUUAUCGCAAGUUUGUGCAGUUGCUAUUGAAGAAAAUCGUCUCGGAACAGAUUUGCCAGCUGCUGUAAUUGUACUUCCGAAAGAUUUUUCAAUGACUCAAAAAGAAAUAAUUGCAAUUCUUAAUGAAAAACUUGAUGAAGUGAAAAAACUUCGAGGCGGCGUAUAUUUCGUUGAAAAGUUUCCAAUGACUCCAUCGGGAAAAAUUGUUCGAAGAAUUGUUAAGGAAUUAGCAAAUAAGUUGUACAGUGAGAGAAAUACUCAAUCUGGAUAGAUUUUCAUGAAAUUUUUACAUUUAACGAAAUUUUGUUCCAAAUUGAAAAAUCUGAAUUUUCAAAAAAUAUCCAAAUUUUAACCUUUUAGAAAACUUAACUUACUUUAAAUCAAUUUUUGUAAAUUUAAACAUCUGUAUAGUAAAAGAUGUGUCUAAAAUUGACAUUUCUCAUCUACUAUAACGUAGAAAAAUGCACCGUUUCUCGCCUCAUAUUAUGUCUUCCGUUGGGGCAUUCGAUAGUUUGAAUAGAUUGUUAAUAUAUUAUCACUCAGCUACUGGUCUUUACUUCGUUUCAUAUCUGUUAUUGGUUCGACGACGAUGACGAUGAUUAGGAAACAUGAUUUGACUUGUGGCUGCGAAUCUCCGCAGCUGU